AUGGAGUGGACGGUAGCUAAUAACCUGCGCUCUCAUUUCCCGGAAUUGCAACAGAGGGAGCGACCUGAAGUGCAGCACUGGGAACUGGGGCGCUCAUCUAUUUUUAUCCCCCUCUUUCUCCCACUGCCAGCUAAACUCGGCACUGGCCAGAGGGAAGUCACGGUUCCCAGAGGCCCGCUGUUUCGCGCCGAAGGAUACCCCGUCAGCAUCGGCUGCAACGUCACUGGCUACAAGGGCCCUUCCGAGCAGCAUUUCCGGUGGUCUGUUUACCUGCUGACAGCUCCAACCCGUGAGGUUCAGGUGGUCAGCACCAACGAUGCCACCUUCUCUUACGCGAUAUACCAACAGCGGGUGCGCAGUGGGGACGUCUCCGUGGAGCGGAUCCAGGGCCACUCCGUCCUGCUGCACAUCACGAAGCUCCAGAUGAAGGACGCCGGCGAGUACGAGUGUCACACGCCGAACACCGACGGGAAGUACCACGGGAGUUACAGUGCCAAGACUCGUCUGACCGUUAUUCCAGACACCCUCUCGGCCACCAUGAGUCCUCAGACUCUCAGUAAGGAGGAAGGCGAGCCGUUGGAACUUACUUGCGAGGCAUCCAAAGUCACAGCUCAACACACGCACCUCUCUGUCACCUGGUACGUGAUACAGGAUGGAGGAGGAAGCCCGGCCACCGAGAUUCUCUCUCUCUCCAAGGAUUUUAUGCUGGUUCCCGGGCCCCUGUAUACCGAGAGGUUUGCCGCUGGCGACGUCCGGCUCGGGAAGCUGGGGGCCACCACCUUCAGGUUGUCCAUCGAGAGGCUCCGCCCCUCAGAUCAGGGUCGCCUGUUCUGUGAGGCCAUGGAGUGGAUUCAGGAUCCGGAUGAAACCUGGGUGUCCAUCACAAAAAAGCAGACAGAUCAAACCACUCUGAGGAUCCAGCCGGCAGUGAAAGAUUUUCAAGUCAACAUUACAGCCGACAGCUCGUUUGCUGAAGGGAAACCCUUAGAACUGCUCUGCCUGGUUGUGGGCGCCGGCCAUGACCCACAACUUCAAGGCAUUUGGUUCUUUAAUGAGAUCGAAAUGGCCCACAUUGAUGCCGGUGGAGUCCUGGACCUGAAGAACAGCUACAAAGACAGGGCAAGUCAAGGACAGCUCCGAGUGUCAAAGUUAGGCCCCAAGGCUUUCUCUCUCAAGAUCUUCUCUGCUGCCUCAGAGGAUGAAGGUGCCUACAAAUGUGAGGUGGCCGAGGUGACGAGAACUCGGAUGGGCUCCUGGCAGUUGCUUCAGAGAAAGCAGUCACCGGAGAGCCACGUGUAUCUACGGAAGCCAGCAGCAAGAAGUGUGGUUGUGUCGACCAAGAACAAGCAGCAAGCUGUGUGGGAAGGAGAGGCGCUCGCCCUCCUCUGCAAGGCUGGUGGAGCUGAAAGCCCUCUGGCCGUGAGCUGGUGGCACCUGCCACAGGACCGGACUCAGCCAGAGUUUGUGGCUGGCAUGGGGCAGGAUGGCGUCGUGCAGCUGGGGGCCUCCUCUGGGGGACCCAGUCACCAUGGCAACACGAGGCUGGAGAAAGUGGACUGGGCCACCUUCCAGCUGGAGAUCACCUCCACUACCGUCACAGACAGUGGCAUGUACGAGUGCAGAGUGUCCGAGGGGACCCGGAGCCAGGCCAGAGAGCUGAGCUGGACUCAGGUGAUAUCAGUCACUGUAAAAUCUCUGGAGUCAAGUCUGCAAGUGAGUCUGCUGAGCCGUCAGCCACAAGCGAAGUUAACCAACGCCUUUGACCUGUCCUGCGUAGUGGGGGCCGCCUACUCUGACCUCAAGGUGCUGCUCACUGUGACUUGGCAGUUCCAGCCAGCGAGGGCUCAAGGCUUCCAUCGGCUUAUUCGGGUCACUCACAACGGCACGAUUGAGUGGGGGGAUUUCCUCCCCCAGUUCCAGAAGAAGACCAAGGUGUCACAGUCUCCAUUCCGUUCUCAGCUCCUCAUCCAUGAUGCCACUGAGGAAGAGACAGGAGUGUAUCGGUGUAAAGUGGACGUUUAUGACAGGAAUUCCCUACACACCCAUGGCCCCGUGAGGGCUUCUGCCACCUCUCACCCACUGAGGAUAGUCAUCACUUUACCAGAGAGCCAGCUCAAAGUGAAUUCACGAAGUCAAACCCGAGAGAUCUCCAUCGGCUCCGACACUGACAUAGAAUGUAGCGUCUUGUCCCGGGCCACCGGGAACAUUCAGCUGGCCAUUAUUUGGUAUUUUUCUUCCCUCUCUGCAAAUGCAUCCUGCCUGAGGAUCCUGGAAAUGAACCAAACCAAUGUUGUAAAGUAUGGGGAUGAAUUUCACACGUCAAGGAGAAAAAAAUUUCACGCCGAGAAAGUGUCCCAAGACUUGUUUCAACUGCACAUUCUGAGUGUAGACGACAGUGAUCAGGGCACCUAUCACUGUGUUGUGGAGGAAUGGCUGUCGUCUACAAAUGGCACGUGGCACAAACUUGGAGAAAAGAAGUCAGGACUCACAGAACUGAAACUCAAGCCUACAGGAAGGAAGGUACGUGUCUCCAGAGUGUACUGGACAGAAAACGUUACCGAGCACGGAGAAGUGGCCAUCCACUGCAGCGUGGAGGGCUCCGGCGGCCCGGCCUCCCUGUACUCUGUGGUGUGGUAUCGGAGCGGAGAAGACUCUGGAAGGAACACGCUGGUGCACCUCCAGCACGACGGCCUGCUGGCGUUCGGCGACGAGGGACUCCGUGGGCGCCUGCACUCUUACCGUUCAUCCCCUACAGACUUUGUCCUGAAGCUUCCUCGGGUGGAGAUGGAAGAUGCGGGAAGGUACUGGUGCAGGGUGGCAGAGUGGCAGCUCCACGGGCAGCCAAGCAAGUGGGUCAGCCAAGCCUCCGACGAGUCGCAGCGGAUGGUGCUCACGGUGCUGCCUUCAGAGUCCACGUUUCCUUCCAGAAUCUGCUCCUCGACGCCGCUGCUCUACUUCCUCGUGGUCUGUCCCUUGGCCCUGCUGGGGCUUCUGCUGGUUUCCCUCGGCUGCGUAUCCUGGAAGGCCAGGAAGCUGUCCAGGCUGCGCUCCGACACACGGAAAGAAAAGGCUCUCUGGGUGGACUUGAAAGGGGCUGGAGGCAAGACCGCAGCCGGGGAGGAAGACGAGGAGGAAGAGGAUGCCACCGAAUCCUGA